AUCGUGGAAACAGUGCUCAGCGAGUCUCCAGAGGAACGCGGCGCAAGUACCCUACGCGUGGAGCAAGGUGACGGCGCGGCGCCCGACGAUAGCGUCCUGGCUAGACCAUAUGCGAGCGAGGACAGUCCCAAGAUUUAUGACUUGCUCACUGACUGUCCUAAAGCAGACAGCAAAACAGACAGAUUUAGAAGACUGGCAGGGAAUGGGUGGGAUCAGGAGGGUCUGGACAAUUCAGGAGCAGCUGUGGAGGCGGUGGGGGGCCGGAUGAACACACCAGGCAUUGCAGCCAACCACCACAGGCUGCGACUUGAGGCUGUUCCGAGGAGCAGCUCCGAGUCAGGUGGAUAUCAGGCCAAAGGAAUCUCAAGAGGGCAAGAAAGAGGGAAGCACCAGCACAUAUUGUGCCCUGAAACACCCUAUUCAGGGUGCAAACGACCUGCUCUCAUCUCAGGAGCACUCACGUUUCCCCAUAUUCUGGCCCCACUGCAGCCGGGAGCUGCACUCAAAAAUCCUGCUAGCUAA